AUGGCCACCACGACCAACCUUUUGUUCAACCUCGACCCCGAGCAUAUCUCAUGCAUCGGAGGUCGGACGGUGAUCACUUGCAAGAGUUGCGCAGGAAAUGCUCCAAGAGGAGCAAUCUGCGCUAGCUGCAAAGGCCGCGGCUUCAAUAUCUUCAUCUGCGCACACUGCAACCCCGCAGCUGCAGUCGCCGCCGCCAGAGAAGCGGCAAACCUCACAGUUGUAGCUGUACCAACUGCCGGCUCCUCGACACUCUCCUCUCCAGGCUCGCUAAGCCGCAGCUCAUCUACUUCUUAUCCUUCGCAUACUGAUCCAAAUGCCGCUCGCUCGUAUGGGUCUGAUCGUGAUAGUAACAGUUGUGGACGGAUUGAUACCAACAUCAAUAGAUCGCGAAACCCAUGA